AUGAUAAGGCAAUCAUUAAAAUUUCGAAAGACUGUAAUAAUAGUUUCUGUUUUAUCACUACUUAUAUUUAUAUUUCUUAUUCUUAAACAAGAUAAAAUAAAAAAUUAUGAACUAGAAAGACACCAAAAAAUAGACAAUGAUUUCCAGGAUGUAGGUUAUAGAGAUUUUAAUCAUAUGCCAAAAAUUUAUGAAGUAAAUAUGGAAAAUCGUAUAAAUAUGGAUUCAGAAAGCAAUGUUAAUAAAGAUAAGGAAGAAUUGAAAGAAGCCAAAAAUCGGAUUGAACAGCUGGAAAAGAAAAUAGCAAUUCUGGAGGGAAGAAUACCAGAAAAGUAUCCUGAUGUUAAAUAUCUUGGAUACAAGGAAAGAAAGAGAAUAUUGGUCACCGGCGGAGCUGGUUUUGUUGGAUCACAUCUUGUCGACAUCCUCAUGAUACAAGGUCAUGAAGUCAUAGUCGUUGACAACUUCUUCACGGGCAGAAAAAGGAAUGUGGAACACUGGUUUGGACACAGACACUUUGAAAUGAUUCAUCAUGAUAUAGUGAAUCCAUUAUAUGUGGAGGCUGAUGAAAUAUAUCAUUUAGCGAGCCCUGCUAGUCCGCCACAUUACAUGCAGAAUCCAGUCAAAACAAUUAAAACAAAUACUUUAGGCACAAUCAAUAUGCUUGGUUUGGCAAGGAGAGUUGGUGCAAAAAUUCUUAUAGCCAGUACAUCAGAGGUUUAUGGUGACCCCAUGGUACAUCCACAGCCAGAAUCAUAUUGGGGUCAUGUCAAUCCUAUAGGACCUCGUGCGUGUUACGAUGAGGGAAAAAGAGUGGCUGAAACCCUUGCGUACUCAUACGCGAAGCAGGAGAAUGUGUCAGUACGUGUUGCGAGGAUAUUUAACACGUAUGGACCAAGAAUGCAUGUCUCUGACGGAAGAGUGGUGUCAAACUUCGUUAUGCAGGCGUUACAGAACCUUACAAUUACUGUCUAUGGCAACGGUAAACAGACGCGUUCAUUUUGUUACGUGUCAGAUCUAGUCGAUGGUCUCAUAGCUUUGAUGGCUUCUAGCUACACGUUACCUGUUAAUUUGGGAAAUCCCGUAGAACACACUAUAGAAGAAUUCGCUGUAAUUAUCAAGAAUUUAGUCCCUGGAUGUCGCAGUACAGUGGCGACGGGCGCAGCUGUAGAAGACGAUCCACAGCGACGCAGACCAGACAUCACGUUAGCCAACACACAUCUCAAAUGGAAGCCAAAGGUUUCAUUAGAAGAGGGACUUCAAAGAACAAUAGAAUACUUCAGAGAAGAAUUAUCCAGAACAACAUUUUAUAAUAAUCAGACAUAUAUUGAUGUUAAGGUAAAAAACAAACACUGA